GCUCGCUGGCUGGCCAUCGCGACACAGGCAUAGCUUACUGCAAGGGCAGACAGUGUGGAUGCAACGUCUACCACUGCGGAAACAGGCUCUCAGAAGAGGGACGAAAAUUGUUUGGACGGUAUUUUAUUCACGAUACAUUAAAAAACAAAGCUCUACUCGAUAGGUGGACACUUUUGUGGAACUUGAAAGUGAUCUUUCCUUUACUGUGGGAUCAUAAAGACGCGUAGGUAGAUAUGGACUGUAGGGAGUCUAUGACUGCAGGGGAAGACGCGCCGGUGUUACCAUACGCCUAGUAGAGGGAAUUGCAAACGCACUAGUCCGGACUUUUUCGCGGAUGUUUCAUGAAGCGCUUUUCAGAAUUUGCUAAUUCUGCGAGACCUUGGAUUUACAAGGAACCGGGAUCUAUCGGAGCUUUCACUUGCGUUAGUUUCCUCUCGUUAAACGGAACUUUCAUUAUUGAAGUAGUGCGGAAAACAUGGAGACUGUAACUCGACAAAGCUUCCAACCUCAUCCAGGACUGCAACAAACUCUGAAGCAGUUUCACCUGAGUUCUAUGAGCUCGCUUGGCGGCCCGGCGGCAUUCUCUGCUCGGUGGCAACAUGAUCUUCUCUUCAAGAAGGAGGGCAAAGAUCCCGAGCCAGUGCUUCACCUCCCUAUGCAGCCUCCGCCAGUGAUGCCGGGGCCUCUGUUCAUCCCUUCGGACCGUUCCACCGAAAGGUGCGAGACGGUACUGGAGAGCGAGACGAUCUCGUGUUUUGUGGUCGGCGGCGAAAAGCGACUGUGCCUGCCCCAGAUCCUCAACACCGUCCUGCGGGAUUUUUCCCUCCAGCAGAUCAACUCGGUGUGCGACGACCUCCACAUCUACUGCUCAAGGUGCACGGCGGACCAGCUGGAGAUCUUAAAAGUCAUGGGGAUUUUGCCCUUCUCCGCACCCUCGUGCGGCCUCAUCACCAAAACGGAUGCAGAGCGCCUCUGCAAUGCCCUGAUUUACGGGGGCACGUACCCACCGCACUGCAAAAAGGAGUUUUCUGGCAUUCUAGAGCUGGAGCUGUCGGAGAAAAGCUUCAAGGUGUACCACGAGUGCUUCGGGAAGUGCAAGGGACUUUUCGUUCCAGAGCUGUACACUAGCCCAAACGCAGCCUGCAUCCAGUGCAUGGACUGCAGACUAAUGUAUCCGACUCACAAGUUCGUGGUCCACAGUCACAAAUCGUUGGAAAACAGGACUUGCCACUGGGGUUUCGACUCCGCCAACUGGAGGGCAUACAUCCUUCUCGGCCAGGAUUACACGGGAAAAGAGGAGAAGGGACGUCUUGAGCAGCUUUUAGAUGAAAUAAAGGAGAAAUUUGACUUCGCGAACAAGUACAAGAGGAAAGCCUCUACGGGGCAUGACCCGAUUCCAGCGAAGAAGUCUAAAUACGAAGACUUUGUAUCGCAGUCCCCGUCGGUCGACAAAGAGAAGCAACCUGAUUGGCUGCGAUCUCUGUCGAUCUCGGCGAAUAAGGGUCUCAACUGCAUUCAGCCGCGACAGAGGCCCUCCGCCUUCCGACCCUGGUCCCCCACCAUUUCAUCCAGCGAGAAGGAGACGCCCUCACGCAUCCCGGCCGUGCUGCGCGACAGUUUCUACAACUACAAAAAUCUAGAGAGUUCCGUGGCUCCCAACGUGGCCCUCACGCCCCUGCCCCUCCCGAAAGUAGGGCAGCUCUCCCCGUCGGCCCCCAGCACCUCCCACUCCAACGGCAACGAGGCCCCGGCCGACGCCGGCAGCUCCCGGCCCAGGAAGAGGAGGGCGACGGGGGAGGCCCACCCGGCAGCGCCCGAGCCCCCCUGCCCCCCCGCCGCGGCCAGCAAGCCCCCCCAGGAGGACAAAGACUCGGAGGUGGAGGUGGAGGUGGAGAGUCGCGAGGAGUUCACCUCCUCUCUGUCCUCCCUAUCAUCCCCCUCCUUCACCUCCUCGAGUUCCGCGAAGGACCUGAGCUCCCCGGGCACCCAGGCCCCCGCCUCCACGGCCCCCUCCCUGGAGGGCCCCGCCCUGCUGCCGGACGGCCCCUCCGCGGGCCUGGAGUCGGAGCUGGAGACCCUGAGGCAGGCCCUGGACAGCGGCCUGGACUCCAAGGAGGCCAAGGAGAAGUUCCUGCACGAGAUCGUCAAGAUGCGGGUGAAACAGGAGGAGAAGCUGGGCUCCGCCCUGCAGGCUAAGCGCAGCCUCCAGCAGGAGCUGGAGUUCCUGCGGGUGGCUAAGAAGGAGAAGCUGAGGGAGGCGACGGAGGCCAAGCGCAACCUGCGGAAGGAGAUCGAGCGCCUGCGCGCCGAGAGCGAGAAGAAGAUGAAGGAGGCGAACGAGUCGCGGACCCGGCUGAAGAGGGAGCUGGAGCAGGCGCGGCAGCUCAGGGUGUGCGACAAGGGCUGCGAGGCCGGCCGCCUGCGGGCCAAGUACUCCGCACAGAUCGAGGACCUGCAGCUGAAGCUCCAGCACGCCGAGGCCGACCGGGAGCAGCUGAGGGAGGACCUCCUGCAGGAGCGCGAGGCUCGGGAGCACCUGGAGAAGGUGGUGAAGGAGCUGCAGGACCAGCUGUGGCCCAAGGCCGGCGCCGGCAGCGGCAUCGGCGGCAGCGGCGGCGACGCAGCGGCCAAAGACUCCCACAACUAGAGCCGCCAGGGCAGCAGACCCCGGGACAGAGGCGAAGCGAGGGGGGAGGAGGAUGUGACAGACACAACAGAGUUCUAUUUGUCCACGAGCGUACGGGUCCAUGCAGAGUACGCGCACCUGAACGCGCAUCCUUUGGAAGAAGAAGAAAAAUGAGAGAUGGUGAAAUUUGAGAUCGGUAUGUGUACCAGGGGAAAAAUGUGUUACUAACAUAAGCACUGAAACGCAUCUCUCACUCAAAAAAACAAAAACAAAAACAAAUUAUUAUUAAAAAAAGAUAUAUAGCACAAUUAAUGUAUUGUGCCUAUAUUUUCCCUUAAAAAAACUGAAAAAAAAGAUAUUUGGAUACAAACUUUUCUAUGAUGAAAAUAUUAAUAAUGAUAGUUAUUACCACCAUUGCUACCAAUAUGAAAAUACUACCAAUAUGAAACCAGUACAGAACAAUUUUGAAAGUAUCGCGGUGGGCAUGUCACAUGACCUGCAGGAGAGAGGACUGGACAGGGGGACAGAUGCUUCUUUUAUUUGGGGGGGGGGGACCCUUCUGUGUCCUUUUUGUUCUUUGUGAAGACAGUUGAGGAUUUCAUUUUGUAAUAAGCUAUUUAAGACUGCAUAGUAAGACUUGAGUAUAUACGAAAAAAAAGAAAACAUUUCUUUGUGUUGAUGGAGCCUCAAAAAAAAAAAAAAAAAACAAAUAUUCAGAAACAAAAAAUCGUCAAGCAACAAGGAGGACAAGAUUCCCACGAUUGCCGCCAUCUUUUCAACGGUCAGCGUCGAAGAAGCCCUUAUUAACCACGGGAAAAAAUGGAACCCAUUUUAUUUGCAUUUCUUUUCUACACGUGGAUUUUUCUGGAGAAAUACAAGCGUGGUGAGGUUUACAGGAGAUUGGGCUGGCCACGCCUCUCCCUCAGAAUCUGUAUUUUGGGAGAAACGGAGAAAAAAGAAAAUAAAAAAGUGUGUUGUGUUGGAGGCACUCUUACAGAACGAGCACUUCAUUUUAGAUAGGGAAUACUCCCCACAGGCAAAACACCAACGCGCCGUGGCUGCACGCGAGCACGCUGUCUCUCUCUCUCCGCGUGCUUUCCUGUCCAAACCAAACCAGUAUAUUGGACUUGCUGAGCGAUAUGUGUCGGUGUAAAUGUAGCUGAGACUCCUUGUACACAGUAUGUAUCAAGUCUGUUCAGAAUCUUUUGGUUAAAAAAAGAAAGAAAAAAAAACGAAAAAAGAAAAAUGAGCAUGACUGCGUUUUGUAUUUUUUCAUUUGGAUGCUAAAACUUGCUGCUCCAAGAAGUUCAGAAAACACCGUUUUUUAAAUACUAUGAUUUUAGGUUUGGAAGCUGCGCCUUUAGCAAGAACCACAAAUUGUUCUCUUUUUAUUUUAAUUACGAUGUGUAAAUAUAAAUAUGAUUUUUAAAAAAAGAAAUUUUACAAUAAUGAAUCGCACUUUGUCAGAUACAGACCUUGUUAUACUGCGUUUUAGUCCCACUCUUGUUCUCUACCUUUUCUUUUGGGGAAAAUGUGAUCAUGACAACAGCAGAAAUCAAAUUUGCAUUUCCUCUUUCGUAUGUACCUAAUUUAAAUGCCAUGCAAUUACAUGUUAAAGGCUAAAUAUUGUAAAUAAAAAUGCAAAAAAGGUGUCUAUACGCUUGCUUGCUUAGAUACUGCACAUUUGUGAGCUUCUUGAUGAAUCCAGUUGAAAAAAAUUGGUUUUGUAAUUUUUAUCAUUUUGUGUUUCACUUUAUUACUGUAUUAUUAUUAUUGUUAUUAUUAUUAUUAGUAUUAUUAUUAUUACUGUUUUUAGAUACAUUUUUUUGGACAUAAUAAAAGAUGAUUCCAGAAUUGAUCGUUUUUCAUCAAAAGAAAUGGAAGAGAGAGAGAGAGAGAGAGAGAUGAAUCUGAGAAGAGAGGAGUCCUUCCUGGCGCUCACCUCUCCUAAAAUUGUGGUAUUUACGCAAUCGGAAUAAAGUCAAGAUGACACCGCGCAGCGUCCUUUAAAACCGUUAAAUCAAGCAUUAAGUAAAGAAGUCCUAGGGCAAACCGCUCCCAGAUUUGGCGAAUGGAUAUAAAUGUUAUUGGGUACAAAUUUUUCAAAAAAUGGAUACAAAUGAAAAAAAAAAGGUUUCUAACUGCUCCGAAUACACAGUGGGUACAAUGCAAUCAGAAUGUACAUUGUGUUUAUGCUGUUUUUCUUUUGUUGUUGAUGUUGUUGUUGUUGUUGUUGUUUUUAAUGUGGGGGUAUUUUUAUUGCUUGUCUUAUGUUUUCUUUUUUCAAUAGCAAACUCUUAUAUAUUUUCUUUCAUAUGCAUGAAAUUUGAGAAAAAGUCUGCCAUACAUUUAUUCCUUAUUGGGCAUUAAUACUGUAUAUGUAAGGGUUUUUAUUGUGUUAUGCAAUAUACAGCAAACUUGUCUUUUUUUUUUUAAAGAAGUCUUUUUUCUUUUAAAGGAAACUAAACCUCAUUGAUGACAUAUUUCAGAGAAAUACGGUGCAAACAAACACACACGUAUACACACGCAGACAUGCACGCACACAUGCAGACACACACAAUCAGACAAUACAGCAUGUAUGCUCACUCAGAGAAACAAGAAAACAACACACACUAAAAUCCACUGUUCAAAUAUGCUGGACAACCUCAAGUGCCUGUAUAUAGGGCAUAAGGUUUCCAGAGUAGGAACAAUAAGGUGGUAGUACUGUUUAUUCUGACCUCUAUAAUGCCACACACACAGUCUGACCCACGCAGAAUGUCCACCUUGUUUGUUGUUUGUGAGCACACAGAACCAGAUAGGAUGGCAUGUUCUCUGUACCCAGGGCAGGAUUGUGCAGAGAGAGACUCCCUCCCUCACUAACCCCCCCCCCCCCCCCCGCAUGUCAGUGUACCUCCCAAAAUGCAUCAGGUGCCCAAGGCCUGACCACCUCAUCCAAACUGCUACAGCUCCUUUUCAGUAUUCCUUAUCAAAUGUGGUUUGUUUCAGCAAUAUUUUAAUUUUUUAUUUAAUCUUUUUUUUUUUUUUUUUUACAAAAGCAAAAACAAUUGAACCGAUUGCCAUUGCGGAGAAAAAAAAACCCGAGAUCUGAACCAUUUUUUGAAUGACAGCAUUUAUUCUUUCAGAAAUAUUAAUACAAUGUAUGUCAAACUUUUUUUUAUUUUUAGAAAUGCAGUAAUGGACGUUAACCAUAUCUAUGCGAAUCAUAAACAUUACUCUUGUAGAUAUGGACAGUCUAUUGUUUAAAGUUAUUUCUGUCUGUCAAACGAUGGACCUUUAUAACAAAUUCAGAGGGCAUUAUAUCAAGGCCCAAUGUCUUAAACUACAUUAUAAAGGGCAGUGUUAUUGAAAGACUGACAAAGUGUCUGUACCUUUUACAGACUUGAAAUUGUAUAGAGGCGGUAAAAUGCUAUAGUUGUUUUACAUUCAAAUAAAACAAUAUGUGUAGUUUCCUUUAUUCAUGUUUUUUCUACAAACAAGGAGAUGUUGACAUCUGCUCCCAACUCUCCCAAACUGAAAAAAAUUAAAUGGUUAAACAAUUUAUUCUUUUCUAAACAAGAAUCCUUUUUUCUAAAUGGAAGACAGUAAAACAGCAAUAACAGGACAUGUUAAACAAAAACUAGCCAGUGUAAAAUAAAAAAUAAAAAAAAAAGAAUACAAAUUUACACAUGUAAAUAAUUUUUCAUUUUACAAUAUUGUAUUAUAAAUGUAUAUGGUGUUUCCUUUUUCAAAAAAGAAAUCUUUUCUUACACAAUAGCUGUCUUGUUUUAUGAGUUGUGUUUUAACAGAGAAAAUGUUUCUAAAACAAUUAUUGCAGUGCGUUAGAGGAUAUCCCCUGCAUAAACAUGUAGUUUUCCCCAAUUAUUUUGCAUCCUUAUUUUUUUUUUUUUAAACUGUAGACUCAUAUUACUUUUUUUCACCAGUCCAUAUAUAUAUUUUUUAACAUUAUAUGAAAUGCAGAAUAAAAAUACCUUUGGUCAAGAAUGGUUAAACGAGAGUUUUAAGUGAGUACAGCCACUUCCCCGCAGAUUCUUUUUCUUUCUCGUGGAUCUUUUCAGCCCUGCGCUGCUGCUAAUAGUAUAUAAACUUUACAAUUCUAGAACUAUUUUUAUGUAAGAGGUAAAUGUAUGCUUUCUUGUUUAUUAAUGCCGCAUAUACUGUAUGAGAAACAAAAAAAAAAAAGCUUGGCUUAUUUAUCUAUUCUACCCUCUACCUUGUCUUUUUGCGCUUUUUCCACAACCUUUCUCCAACGAACCCUCUCCCCUCUAUCUCUCACGACACGGACUAUAUUGUAAAGUAAAGGACUUUAUGAGAUUAUGUUUGAAAAUAGCUAUGCUUAUAUACCACAGUGACUGAAUGUACAGUGUAUAGAUGCAUUACCAGAAAUAAAGUUGUUUGUCCAGA